GGCCAGUGCGCCGCCGUGAGUAGAAGCCACCGGAGGAGGAAGAGGAUGACGAACACGUAGCUCGAGCGCUCCGGUGUCGAGGACGUGGCCCCUCCUUCUGGACACUAGCCGUCCCAAGGAGAACCUCAAGAGCAUUUCAGGUCUAUACCAGCACACCGCAUGUUUCGUCGCCUGUUCCGGUCGAAAAAAGUGAGCGACGCCCGGCCCACCUCGUGGCUCGACUGCGACGAGCGAGAGUGUCCCGUCCAGCGCCUGGUGUGCGAAGAGGGCGGCUGCACCGACGUCCCAAAUGAACUGUCCCAUGGCGAGUCACUCGUCGGGCGGGGACACCGGUGCUCGGCGGCUCGCGUGGACGAUUACGAGGGCGUCUCUUGGCUGGGGCGACUGGAGUGGCCCGAAUGGCCGGUGCAGGAGCAAAGCUUCGAGAACCGGGAGGAGGACCUCUCCGUGGCCUCCUGCGUCGAGUCGCUCUGGAGCCGACGGUGCUUCGGCCGAGGCAGCGGCGGAGCACGGUCCCUGCCAGCGGAGGCAGGCCUCGCGGGGCGCCCCGGCCUCCUCCAGGACCGGCGGUCGCCGCGAAAAGACGACUGCGUACGCGACGCGGUCAUGGCCAAGCUUGGCCUCCAGGUCACCUGCCUGGGUAGCAUGUCACCGAUGUCGAAGUCCUACCCUGGCCAGAAGGCAGUGUUCAGCGCUUACCGUGGCCUGAGUCUGUACAAAAGUGGCGGCGACGCCACCAUGGCCGCCGCCGCAGCAGCAUCCGCGCGCCGGUCACCGACGAGUCGCGGCGAGCUCUACGAUGAGAAUGAUGUCGAAGCCAAACCCGGCGCUGGUGACCACGGGCAUUCCCCCGACAAAGACAGCAAGUCCCGUGAUCGUAACGGUGGAGCCAUGGAUGAACGCAACGAUAGAAGGCUAUUUCAUCAGAGCAUGUACGAGCCGCACCCAGCCGACGUCGGGGGCACCAGCUUUGAGACCUUCCACGCGAAAUCUUCUCGAGUGGUUUCAGCGCGUUCUAACUGCAGUCAUUUGGAAGGACUGCUCGAGGAACACGAAGCAAAAGCAGCAAAAGAACGAAUGCUGAACGAAAGCGGCGAUGAUGGUGCAGUUCCUGGUGGCUUGGCCAACACCAGUGGUAGCCUCGACACUUCAACGUUGAGUGGCGACAUCAAACUUGACCACAUAGAAGACAUUGGCAGCAGGCUUCAUUCCACGCCUAGCCGCCCUCAUGGGGGCUGCGGCGUCGAAGAUGAUAGGCGGCUACAACUUGGCCUGGGCGACUUUGACCACUUAGGUGGCACCGCAACUUGCAGCCGCGCGAGAGGAGACACUUCACUGCACGUGAAGGUAACAGGCUCCGGUGACUGUGAGCAAGGCAGCGGAGGAAGCAGCCAGCUUCCUGCAACUUCAUCACCGAUUCCUACAGAAGUAGAUGAAGACGGUGCGUGCCUUAGUAGCUUUGGUGAAGACGGGGUCAUCGAAAACAAAGCGAAUGUGGUGAAUCACGAGCUUUGCAAUGAGGAAUUCGUCGAGUCUAAAACGUUGAAAGACGAGUCCUUCUCUUCGGACAUGACCGUGAGGCGCCUGAGCUAUGGCGAUCCCAUCGAUGACCUUGAGUCAGAGUUUGCAUCUCAGCAAAGUAGUGAAUCUGCCGGAGAUUUUCUAGAUGCCGGGUUCGAUACAGACUGCUCCGAGGUAGCCGCCGUCGAAGCGGACUUUUUCUCGCACAUGAAUCUGAACCCGAACUUUGUAUCAACGUCCGUCAAAAUUCGGGACCAGCGAGCUGCAUGCGAACAGCAAAGUUCUGAGUGGCGCGACUUUGACGUGUUUCGGGAGCAGCAACGAGACGAGUUCUUCGGCGUGUUCGAUGCGAGUCCGUUUCCUAAGGGCGCGGAAUGCAAGUCAGUUUCGAUGUCGUGUGAGGUUGACCAGUCUUUGAACAGCGGGUCCCCUUCCAGUCGGAUCGCAACGCUCAACAGUGGUCGUACGUCGGCAUCCAGACCUUCCGAACUGACUGCUGUCUUCGAUAAUAACGAGCAGAGGCAGCUGAGCCCCAGUCCAACUAACAGCAUCGAUGGACAAAUAUCCGUUUCAUCGUAUGGUUCCUUCCUGACCGUAGACUCGUACGAUGAGGAAGCAGACUUCCCAAACGCCAAACUGAUCGGCUUCAGUACGAACAGCGAAUCUGCCCAUGACUUAAGCUCUCCAAUAGCACCAUGUCCUGCUACGGUACACAAUCCCCUUCGUCCUGAAUCGCAAAGCUUUCAGGGCUACGAAGAGGCAGUAGGUUCAAGUCCUGUCGGAUGUGCUACGAGCGAUGAGCUCCCGCCUGACAUGAACCUCGUAGAACACACCUCUUCUCCUCUCGCAUAUGGCCAGCUACGUCCAGAGUCACAAAGCUUUCAGAGCUACGAAGAUGCAGCAAGUUACAGUAGUCAAAUUGAACUGGACACCGAAGAUGCAAGCGACAUCGUGGGACCAGGUGAGCGACUGCCGAGCGCAGACUACGAACCAGUGGUUCAAGAGACCGGAGGUUCGAGUUCGACAACAACGCUCUCUUUCCACGUUCUUGAUGAGGAUGCGGACGAACGCACCUCGUACCGCAGCAGCAGCAGUAACAACAGCAGCAGCAGUAGCAACGGCACCAGCAGCAGCAACAGUAGCAGGAGAAGCAGCAGCGGUAGCUGUAGCGGCGAAAGUCCCGCCGAGUCCGGUGACGAGAAUAUUUCGGCUGCCAAGUCAUCACCUACACCGCCGCAAUCGACAUCACCGGUACAGCCUAAGACAGAGAAUGACGCCAUCAACAACAGCGGCGCAUCAUCACCAUUCCCGCUGCAAGACUACCGCAGCUGUCGUGACUUUCUGCGUAAGCUGACGAAUGCGAAUCCAGAGCUCUCCUACUCUCUUAGCAAGUCCUUUGCUUCCGAGGAGUGCGGCGUUAGCGAGGCUGCGUCCAUCGAAGACGUAUGCAGCCAGAUCUUCAGCAGCUACAACGAAAGCUUUACGCACUUUGAGGCACUAGAGGGCUUCCCGGUGCUUUCACGCUCUAGCGCCGCAGAGAUGCUUACGUGCCCGGAGCUUAGGCCUUUGCGCUUGGAAGGGAACGCCAAGGACGUUUUCGAACCUGUGUUAAGCAGAGACCAGAAGAAGCGCUUGAAGAGGUCCACGGUGCCCGCGGCUGCUGCUUCGGACACGGCGGCAACGACCAGCAAGAUUUCUGAAAAGCGGAGUCACAUGCCGUCGGCGUCUUCAGUGUCCAUGCCUGAUUUGAACCAUUCUCAGAAGGGUACAUGGCCGCCGGGUCUUCAAGAGCAGAGUGGAGUUGCUACCACCUCGGAUGCGAAUCUCGAUUCAGUGAGAGCCCACGCAUCCACUGCAAGAAAAGUGGUGGGUUUCGCAGUGUGACGAUGAUCUGAGACUUAAGGGCAUUUGCAGAGAGAGAUGAAAUCUGGGGUGCAUAGAGACAUCCACCUUGUAAUCAAAGGUAAUGAAUGAGAGCAUGCGGGAACAAGACCAUUCUCAGUUUGUCUAUGUCGCGUCCAUUGCCAGGACUUGUUAUCCAUCUAAAGGAGCCGUGUGCGAGUUUCGAGGCCAAUAAAUGUCACCGCAUGAGUACCUUGUA